GGGGAACCUCGGCGGGGAUUGGCGCAGCGCGCGCCCCCUCCCCGGCCCCCGCGCGGUGGGAACCGGCAGCCCCGUCUAGCGCUGACGUCAGACCGUCUGCCUGCCUCCGACCGCGGUCUCGGAGCGAAACCCGAUCUCCUUGGACUUGAAUGAGGAGGAGGCGGCGGCGGCGGAGGCGCUCGGCUGCGGGAAGCCAGCAGCAGAGGCUCAGCCCCGGCGGCAGCGCGCGCCCCGGCUGCCAGCCCAUUUCCCGGACGCCACCCGCGGGCACUGCCGACGCCCCCGGGGCUGCCGAGGGGCGGCCGGGGGGCGCAGGGGAGCGCGGCCCCGCGCACUGAGUCCCGCAGCGCCCCGGGAACUUGGCGGAGCCCCGAGCCCGGCGAACCGGGGUGCGCCUUCCCCGCCGCGCGCCUCCUGCAUGCGGGGCCCCAGUGCCGGGCGCCGGCCGGAACCCCCCCCGGCCGCCCCCGUGCCCCCUGCGCCCCGCGCCGAGCCGCCGCGCCGUCCAUGCACCGCUUGAUGGGGGUCAACAGCACCGCCGCCCUCGCCGCCGGGCAGCCCAAUGUCUCCUGCACGUGCAACUGCAAACGCUCUUUGUUCCAGAGCAUGGAGAUCACAGAGCUGGAGUUCGUGGAGAUCACCAUCAUCGUGGUGGUGGUGAUGGUGAUGGUCGUGGUGAUCACAUGCUUGCUGAGCCACUACAAGCUGUCUGCGCGCUCCUUCAUUGGCCGCCACAGCCAGGGCCGGAGAAGAGAAGAUGCCCUCUCGUCGGAAGGAUGCCUCUGGCCCUCAGAGAGCACAGUGUCGGGCAACGGAAUCCCAGAGCCGCAGGUCUAUGCCCCUCCAAGGCCCACUGACCGUCUGGCCGUGCCCCCCUUCACCCAGCGGGACCGCUUCCACCGCUUCCAGCCCACGUACCCCUACCUGCAGCACGAGAUCGACCUGCCACCCACCAUCUCUCUGUCGGAUGGGGAGGAGCCCCCGCCCUACCAGGGCCCCUGCACCCUCCAGUUGCGGGACCCCGAGCAGCAGCUGGAGCUAAACCGGGAGUCGGUGCGCGCACCCCCGAACAGAACCAUCUUCGACAGCGACCUGAUGGACAGUGCCAUGUUGGGCGGCCCCUGCCCCCCCAGCAGUAACUCGGGCAUCAGCGCCACAUGCUAUGGGGGCGGCGGGCGCAUGGAGGGGCCACCCCCCACCUACAGUGAGGUCAUCGGGCAUUACCCUGGGUCUCCUGCCUUCCAGCACCAGCAGAGCAGUGGGUCGCCCUCCUUGCUGGAGGGAACGCGGCUGCACCACGCGCACAUCGCUCCCCUGGAGAGCACAGCUGCCUGGAGCCAAGAGAAGGAGAAACAGAAAGGGCACCCUCUCUAGGAGUCCCAGGGGGCCGGGGCAGCAAGGAGGUAAAAGGCGAAACACUCCGCACCUCUUAGACGAGAAGACAGAGGAGGACUGGGCGGCACCACAACGUUCGGCGCGUCACCAUCCUCCCCCCCCCCCUGUGUAUAAAUAUUUACCUGUUCUGUCUGGUCUGAAUGCACAAGCUAAGAAAGCUUGCAAAAAACCCACGUUUCUUCGUUGAGCUGUGUCUUGAAGGCAAAAGAGAAAAAAAAAACCCACAAAAUCUACCCUAGUCUUUUAUGUUUCUAGUUGAGCUGCGUGCGUGAAUGCUUCUUUUCUUUUGUUUAUGAUGAUUUCACUUAACUUUAAAGACAUAUUUGCACAAAACCUUUGUUUAAAGAUCUGCAAUAUUAUAUAUAUAAAUAUAUAUAAAAUAAAAGAAACUGUAUUGUGAGGGCAGGAGUAUUUUUGUAUUAGAAGAGGCCUAUUAAAAAAAAAAAGUUGUUUUCUGAACUAGAAGAGAAAAAAAAUGGCAAUUUUGGAGUGCCAACUCGGAAAGCGUGUAUUACCUUGUAAAGAAAAAAAAAGUACAAAGCAGGGGUUUAGAGUUAUUUAUAUAAAUGUUGAGCUUUUGCACUAUUUUUUAAUAUAAAUAUGUCAGUGCUUGUUUGAUGGAAACUUCUAUCAUGUCUGUCGAGACUUUUAAGGGAGAAAUGUCAAAAUUUCAGUCUACGUCAGGCAGAGGGCGGGCUCUACACGGAGUUUGGAGAAGCUUCCAGAGGGGGCCGCUUUCCUGUGACGUGGAAGCUUCUGGCUAGCGAUAGGUUAUUACCUCGUUAUACAUUCCCCCAUCGGAGGAGACCUGAUGUCCCCCUCCGGUCCAGAACAGCCUUCAGAUGGCAGAUAGGGAACUGACUCUUCGGCACCAAAUUCCAGGUGGUGGCUUUGCAUUUCCUGAGAUGAAAAUAAACUUACUGAAGAAUUUAGUUUUUCUUCCUGUUUCUUUCAGCAUGAAGCCCCACCUCCACCCCACCCCGGGAAGGGGCUAAGGUGCCCCUCUCCAGCUCCAAGAGGGGCUCAGGUGGCUGCUUUGCGUGGAGUUCUUUGGGGUGAUCGGGUUGGCUCCAGGAUUUUUCCGCUGAGGUCGGUGGAGCGCCCCCCGCCCCUGGCUCAUCAGAAAGGCCCAAAGUAUUAGGAACUUGACCUCAUCCCCGUCUUUCUUUUUACGUAGCCAUUCUCCCUCAACGGCCACCAAACGGAACACCAGAGGUGAGAAAGCAACAUGCCCGGAUUUCUCCCGGGACAUGAAAAAGGGUGAACAGAAAGCAAACAGUCAAACCUGUGCUUUAUGUUUUCAAAGCAGAAUUCUUGACCUUCUGCUCUCCUGCAUUUUCAUCCCCUCUCCCCGUGGAAACAAUCACGUUUGCUGUGUUUAUCUAUCUGUGUUUUCAUAGCCUCUCUAGCAGAUACCAGGAUUUUACUGAGUAGAUUUCGGUGUGGCAGGACCCCUUGGUGACGGUGUGCUGGUGAGGACGCGUGAGUCGGCACACGUGUGUGUGCGGUGGUGACAGGCGGGACGGUGGAUUGGGGGGUUGGGGCUUGGGAUCUACCGGGGACAGUGGCUGGAGCUUCAACCCCUUCCUCGCACUGAGGACUUGUUCACAGUCCAUGCGGUGACCCUCCCCCCAAAUGGAAGAGCAGCACCCCGUCCAACCCCUUUCGAAAGACAGCACAGAGCUAGCUGUUUUUUCAUUUUGGCAGACUGCGAACUAGCGGACUAACAUCAGAGGAGGCUUAAGGGCAAUAACUCUUGUUUUUAAGCAACUUUUUUAUGACUUAAAAACCAUGAGAACCGUUUUUGAAGUUCUGACCCUUUGAACUCUAUUUAUAUAUACAUUUUCAGAAACAUGGUGACCAGCAGAUAAACACGGAGAGUCUGAGCGUCUGUUGACCAGCUUGGCAGAAAGUUCUUCUACUUUGACAAUGAAACCUGCCUCUCCGUGGGGGUCUUCAGCCUAAACUUGGCUUCUCAAAGGGGAUUGUUUUCAGAAGUCGUGCAGAGAAAUCGGUAUAAUUUGUCCUAAAAGGUACAGGGACACAUUUAUAGAAAAACUUUUUAAAGACUGUAUCUUUCCUUUAUGUGAAGAGUCUGCCUAGUGCCUUAAUGAGGAAGCAGGGCUCUCUUGCCACCAGUUGGGGGCAUCCCUGGGCAGUGACCCGAUCACCCAGGGACUGGCCUUCCCACUCGAGGUCAACAAAGGGUUGCUGCUGCUUCUCAAAUGUCCCCGUUGUCCUCUUGUGUCCCGCCCCACCUGCUCUCCACGGGGGAUGUGCCUGGCUCCGUCGGGCCAUCCUGUUCCUGCCCUCCACCCUCUCGUCCAAUACUGUGUUUGACUCCCAGGGGAGUUGUCAGCCCAGAAGUGGCUCUCGGUUGUGCGGGCAGCGGCAGCCCCAAGUGUUCCCGAGGUCCUCUUGAGCCAAACUCUGAAUCCUGUCACUUGGAGGUGCAUUCGGAAGGAGGCGGGGGAGUGGCUUCCUGACCUCAGCUGGCUUGAGGGCAGAAUACGCCCCUCCGAAUGUACCCCAGGAAUCAGGGCUUAAUGCUGUGGCGCCCCUGGGCUCCAGGCCAUGCAGAUGCCAGUGGCAGGGGUUCAUGGCAGAGCAGCUAGUCAAAGUCAGGGCGCAUCCCAAGAAAACCGGUGGGGUGUGUUUCUGGAAACAACUGUUGGAGCUAAGCUCUCGGUUUCUCUGCUGGACCCCAGAGCUGUGGCUGCACUCAUUCCUCUAGAUGUCGCUUUGAGCACCCCUGAGGAGAACUUUUUCCAGUAAAAAGUUUGGGGUCCUCGGCAGUAGCUGGUUGGAGGGGGACCAGGUUGGGCUUCCUCUACUCCUCAUUUCCCUGCUUGUCAAUCAUGUUUCCUCCCAAGGAAGAGCUUUUCCCCCGACAAAGGCCAGGUCUCCACAGACCCUGAGAGCCAUCCCUGUCCCACCCCUGCCCUGAAGCCCAGUGUUCUUUGCAAAGAGCUAACCCCCCCCCCACCCCCAAAGUCUAGCAAACACAAGGGCAGGGCGAGAACUGAGUCCAUGCCCUGUCCUCGGCUCUGCGCAUUGUAUGUUUCACAAAUUGCUUUCUACAUGCACACAAAGCUUCCAGAUCCACAAAACAUCCCAGUGAAAAGGAAAAAUAAAAGAUUUUGUUUUGUUUGUUUUGUCUUUUUGUUUUGUUUUGUUUUGUUUGUUUGUUUUUUCUGGAAACUGCUUCAAAUCUUGCUGUAUCUAUAGAGCCCAGAAGGACAUGUUCUCGUUUGCCUGCCUGAUUCCAUGGUGGUGUGCUGACAGCACGCUUUUACGUUGCGUUCUUGGCGUUGGAGCCGCUCUCCUUUGCAGCCCUGUUUCCCAAGUUCUGUUCAAGUUCAACUCAUGUAAAUUCUCCGUGGCACGCUGGGUGCUGCGCCCACGUUGCUGCUGCAUAAGACUCUAUACUUGGAUGCCAAUCCACAGGCCUGAUGAAAUCGCUUGUUGUGUAUCAAUAAUCAUUAGUGGCAAUGAUGACAUUCUGAAAAGCUGCAAUACUUAUACAAUAAAUUUUACAAUUCUUUGGAA